AUGACCAUCAUCAUAAACUCCAUCUGUAAUCAAACUUUCAUCUUGGAGAGAAACAUUUUGGGAAAGGUUAAGUCACAAUCUUGGGUUAUACCCAAGUGCAAAGUCCAGUACCUGCUUAAACGACGACAAUCACGAGACAUCAAUGGCUUGAUUGAAGAGGCCAUACUAGAUGCUGAAGCAAAAGGUGUCAAGGUCUUAAGCUUGGGUCUUCUCAACCAGAGUGAGGAACUAAACAGGAAUGGAGAGGUUUACGUCCAAAAGUACCCGAAAAUGAAAAUGAGAUUGGUGGAUGGAAGUAGCUUGGCAGCUGCAAUAGUCUCCUUAAAUAGUCUCCACUAA